AAGAGAUUACAUUUUGCGCGAUAAAAUUCGGUUAUAGAGUGCAAAAUUAAUUGCACUAUUUUUAUCAUGCCCAUUCAAGAACCUGUGGCCCAGAAUCUUAUAUCGACUUCACAACGACUAUGUGACCUAUAAAAUAGAACAAUGGAGGUCGAUGGGACUGUGAAUGUGCGAACAAAACACAAAAUGAUUUCACCAAAUCGGUGUUCAUUGACCAAUGCAAAUGUAUUAAAUCUGAUUGUUUUAGUCGUGUAUUAUCUUCCGAUUACUCCAUUCAAAACAAGUAAAAUAUGCGUUCGAGCAUCGAAGAAAGGACAAAAGAGCAAAAAGUGGAGAGUGAUCAAAUCUCUAUCCUUAAGAUUAAUCAUAUAUUAUGAAAAGAUGGACUUCCGGACGAAGAUGAAUUUGAUACAAACAGUAAUAAUUUUCAAGAUUUAAUUUUAAUUUGCAGUCACGAAAAGCGUGGGUGGAGAGUAUAUAGAAAAACCUUCGAUCGCAUCUUCAUAUCGAGGUGGCAAAGCUUCGAUGUAUAUCCGCUUUCAUAUCUUCAACGGUGCGAGCGCUCGCGUCUCUGCGAGAUUCAGCUAGCUAUGUGCGGACGAGCGUAGCUAUAUGGGGGCGCGAUCAGUAUUUUCCUACUACGGUGCGAGUCCAAAAUGUCAGACGUCGAUAGAUGGAUAGAUAUCGCGAAAGAGUGCAAAUACCUGCCCGAGAAUGAUCUCAAGAAACUUUGUGACAUCGUAUGUGACUUGUUGCUGGAGGAGUCCAACAUCCAGCCUGUGUCCACCCCGGUAACGGUGUGCGGCGAUAUUCAUGGUCAGUUUUACGAUUUAGAGGAACUGUUUCGCAAUGGCGGUCAAGUACCAGACACAAAUUAUAUAUUCCUGGGAGACUUUGUAGAUCGGGGCUACUACAGUCUAGAGACAUUCACUCGUCUGCUCACCCUUAAAGCUAAAUGGUCAGACAGGAUAACACUACUUCGCGGUAAUCACGAGUCUAGACAAAUCACACAUGUUUAUGGAUUUUAUGAUGAAUGCCAAAACAAGUAUGGUAAUGCUAAUGCAUGGAAGUACUGUUGUAGGGUAUUUGACUUGCUCACAGUUGCUGCCUUAAUCGAUGAACAGGUUCUUUGUGUACAUGGUGGAUUAUCUCCGGCUAUUAGAACACUAGAUCAAAUUAGAACGAUUGAAAGGAAUCAAGAGAUUCCACACAAAGGUGCUUUCUGUGAUUUGGUCUGGUCCGAUCCAGAGGAUGUAGAAACAUGGUCAGUGAGCCCACGUGGUGCAGGUUGGCUGUUUGGCAGUAAAGUGACUUACAUGUUCAUGGAAGUAAACGACCUUAAACUCAUCUGUAGAGCACAUCAACUAGUUCAUGAAGGUUAUAGGUACAUGUUUAAUGAUAAACUCGUCACAGUGUGGUCAGCCCCAAAUUAUUGUUACCGAUGCGGUAACAUAGCUAGUAUCUUGCAGUUCACGACAGUGGAUCAGAGAACACCCGUGCUGUUCCAGGCGGUGCCUGAUUCUGAGAGAGUAAUCCCACCUCUAACGACCACUCCGUAUUUUUUGUGAUCUAACUUAGUGGCUCAUUUGUACGGACGUGGGAAAGAAGUGUCUCUGUCUAGACUUUACGGAAUAACAUGACUCGGUUAACGGAUCCAGGCUGGUACCAUGACGGAGCCUCAAAUUUGUGAGAGUAUAUGAUAUAUACAUACACGUACACACACGUAUAUAUAUAUACAUACACAUAUAUAUAUAUAUACACACACACACAUAUAUAUAUAUAUAACUCUAGAAUUUUAAUUCCCUUAAAAGAAAAAGAAACUUAUUUGGAUGCGUUCUACGACCGAAAUGCGAAAUACUUAGCGGACUGAAUUGUGUGAUUACUUGUUCAGGGAAUGUUCUUUAGAUUUUUUAAGAACUUUAUCAAGUUUUAUAUGUUGUAAAGCUAACUUUUAUAUAUAUACAUAGUAUCUGCCAUCGCAUCAGCCUGAUUUUUGUAGUUCAAAAUGAAAAAAAUAUUUUGCAUCAUAGCAUCAUUUGCAUCAUGGAGCAAAUGUGAACAUUCUGUGGUCUAGACGCUUUUGCUGUCUACUGUGUACAUUCUGUAGAGCAUUCAUAUCUCAGAGCAGCAUCGUGGACUUCAAUGUUCAAAAGACUAAGAGCUUUUAAAUAAUUUAUGAAUGCAAAUAACGAAUAUAGUCCAGUGCUGUGUGUGAACGAUUAAAUAAAACCAAAAAAAAAACAAAAUAAAAGCGAAAAAAAGAAAUAUCAUAUUCCAAACAUUCCGGCAAAGUACACUCUCUGAGCACGGUGAAUGCUUCUCUGAUACUACAAUCGUUGUGCGUAGAAUUCAGGUUUAUUAAAAACGUGAGCAUAUAUAGUACUGUUAAGGUCUUCCUGAACAUGUAAAUGAUCUGUUUCCGGUUUAGGUACUGUGUGUGCUGCGUGCAGUUACUUUCUUCUUCUAGACGCGCAAUCAGUGUUCUUAGCAGUGUAAAUUCGGCUCUUUUUUCGCCGAAGUACAAAUAGCGUGUAGCGGUAGCCAAAGUUUUCCUGCCUAGGUAAGGAAAUCCGAUAGCGGGGAUUGUGUACCAUCUCUGUAGAAGAGUUCUCUCGUUUGUUGUUAUGCACAUGACAUUUUUUACGUUUAAUUUUAAGAAAUUCCGAGCUCAAUAACGUCUCUCAAGUGUCUUGACACGUACGUUGAUUAUUCUUUUCAAGGCAUUCGUCAUUCGUUCGCCGCACCCCUAUUCUACGUGUGUACAGAGCGAUAUUUUCGAAUACUUACUAUAUUCUCCGAAUCUUUGUACAGUUUCCGAUAUUAUAUGCCAAAUCGCUGUCGUACGAAAUAAUCGUAUAAUUAGUUAAUUGUCGUAAGUUCAUUAACGUAGGGAGCAACUUUAAAUGAAAAGAGAAAAAGAAAAAAAAAGAAGAAAUAACCGAGACCCUUAGCAAUGUGCCUCUAAAUUAAUAAGCGUUUCUGUAAUAUAAUGAUACGAUAUCGUUACAUAAUUAACGGAGUGCACCGGCCAUUGCGUAUCAUAAGCCUGAAUUCUGACCAUCGAUUUUUGCUAGCUCACGAUAAUUCCUAACCCGAUCACAGACCCGACGAAUACACGGCAUUGGCAUUGGCACUGGCUGUCAAGUGGAGACUACUCUAUUUUGAAUUUUGUGAUAUAGAUCGAAGAAGGAGGCGGGUGUAAUGGUAAAACGUCGAUGUUUAUAACGACACUCCAUGUCGCGGAUACUUUGGAAGAGGUCUCGGAAGACCCGGUUAUCUCGAGAAAUGUAAUGGACUUUUGAACAGUGCCUUCAGAACUAUAACACGACGGUCUACUAGGAAGUAAACGCUUUUCUUACUGACAGAUAAUCAUAGACGAACUAACGUAAGGGCGAAGAAUCAUACAGGUACCAGAGCUUAAACGUGAGAACGUAUACGGGGAAAAUUGUUCAUAUCGCGCCACCCUUUUCUCGCUUUUAUUCUACUCCGCGAACUGAUCCGCUAUAAUGUACAAGAGACAUAUCCUCGCUUCUCGACUCGCGAAACUUUUUCUACGGUAUCACUUAUGUUUUACGGGAUUUCUUAUGAUCAUUCGUUUACGUACGCGUUCUUAUUGCUUUUUUAUAAGAUGUCAUACGCGCGCGAAGCAUUUUUAUCAAUUUGUACUACACAUCAAUUUGUACAAUUUAUAUUGUUAACUGAAUUAUUGACACUUUACACUUUACACCUGUAACGAGAUAUUGCGUUAGAUAGAGAGAUUGUUGCACCGAGAACGAGACACGGAGCUUGCGUUACAAACUCGACUCGCUACAUUUGCAGCCUCCGAGUCAUGAAACGGAGGUGACGCGACGUGAAUGCCCCACGCGAUACGGGUAUCCUAGAAAUCCUAAAGUAUUAGCCUCUGUAUCUACGGCUGUGGGGUGUUCGCGGCGGUGUUCGUCCCCGAAAUGCCUCUGUCUGUGAUCGCUUUAAUCUUAUCGAAGUGUCCAAGCGCUUGCGGCGACGCGAUUGUUUCAGACUACGCGAAAUAGCACUCGACUGCAAAAUCGAUACGUAAAACGCUUGGUAUAAUCCUCAAAGCCUAAGGCAAAUGAUGUUGAAAGUGGCACGUGAAUCGGUUCACUCUUUUUAAUCGUUAUAUUUUCGAUUACUUCAACCGAUCAAUGUGCCAUUUUUGAAAUUAAUUGUACGGCCAGAACGAUCGUGCCGAAGCCGAACUUGCGUCUUGGUUUCGAAAUUGGGCACUGUUUCGCGGAGUGUCACUCGAUAUUAAUCAUCGACGAGAGCUCGCGAGAGAAUAAAAAGAAAGAAAACGAAAAACAAAUGAAAGACAAAGAUGCGACAAAGGGGAGAAAAGCGAGACAAGUAAACGAGAUUAAUUUAGCUUAAUGCUCCGUGCGGGAGCUUGAACACUGCGCAUAAAUCCUUAAAGAUCUCACAGGUAGAACAUCAUUUUGAACGAUCAUCAUGUACCUUGAAAGUAUAGACUUUGUUAUGUUAAUGUAAUGAGAACGUCUGUAAUAAAAAUGCGCAAAAAAUUGCACUCGACAUUGUCAAUGGAUACUCCUGAUGUGCGUGCGGGGCGUACGUGUGUGCGUGCGUGCGCGUACAAAUGUGUAUGCACACGUGUGGCUGUUAAUUGUGAUAACGAGAACAGUACAAACCACUGCUAACAAAUGAGAUAAGGAGAUAUGUAGGAGAGUUGCACGAUAAAACGAAUAAACGGCGCACGAGUUUUUUAUUAA